AAUCCUGUCUUGACCUAUGACAGCGAGGCGCAAACUCAACGAACUAGGUCUAGUUCUCGCGGAACCCCCGUCUAGUAUAUUUGCCUUAUAACAAGGUGUCAAAUACGGUAGAGUACAGCGUAGAAAAAAUGUUGGCUGCAAACGCGAUCGCAACAAUAUCUCUGUUUGACGCGGUGUAUGAGCCAGUUCCAGGAGGCAAGUCGAUUGCAGACCUUGAACUCGAACGAAGUGUUCCCUCUUGCAAUAGGCCCUUCAUUCGGCCAGAAUAUGUUGUCGCAAAAGAGUACCUCGAACCCGGCCAGGAUCAGGACGCCAUCAAAGAUACCAUUGGUCCUGAGCCACCAGCCCGAUUACCCUCCAACCUCCCGCCGCCAGGGGACUUACAUGCAAGUUUAAGACUUGGUCGACAGAUUGCGUCUGGACGAGCUGGAACUGUAUAUGUGGUCGAGCUUGAUGAGGACGCGUCCAGUCCUGAGCUGACGGCCGCGACUUUGCCACGUCUUGUCGUCAAGAUCUGUCAUCCGACGACGUACUACAGGAUUUCUCGAGAAGCGUUCCAAUAUGAGGAGAUGGAAUCGCUGCAAGGGACCGUGAUACCCCGUUAUUAUGGUCUUUUCCAAGUAACGCUUGAGCCUGGUGUGAUGUUUCGAUAUUGGUUCAUGGAAAAACUUUAUGGAGGCAAAGGGUCUAACGACUCCGACGAAGAAGAUCACUCUGAAUUUCCUCGUUGCUUGACUGUUCUCGUUCUGGAAUACAUCAGUGAAGAGUUUUUACCUGUCAGACGCAGACUAAAGGACAAUGAUACUGAGGAGAUCAAGGAAAUGUUCAGAGAACUAGCACGCCUUGGGGUCUGGCAACCAGAUAUCCAGCAAGAUGACAUACUGUGGGUGCCCAAUGCGGAGUCUGCUGGCCGGUACCGGUGGCGUCUCGUGGAUUUUGACAGGGCUCGCAAGUCAAACAUGAGUCUUCGUAGGUUUGAAAUUGAGAAUAACCGGCAUUUGCGUGCAAUGUUCAAAUGGCUGCGUUGAGGUGGUUGGCAGGUGCAGAACGGAUAACGAGCGAUUGGCAUGUAUACCAUGGAUUGUGCUCAUUUUGUUAUAAGUAUUCCGCGUUGGAAAAUUACCUUCUGUCCUCGUUGUAGCCUGGGGCAUCGGUUGGCGGCAGGCUCGGGGGCACACUUAUUGUUUUUGGUGGAGCCUAUGUACCACCGCAUCAUAUCUCGAUAUAAUCCGGAUACACAACAACGAUCGCUCCAGUGGCAUUGUGUCUCCAACCCCCUUUGAAUGAAUCGUUCAGACC